UGACUCUUGAGCAUUACAGCACAGGUUUUUACCACUUGAGCUAUGGGACUGACAACCCUAAUUGGUAGCAGGAGAAGACUUAUUCCCUGAGGGCUGAAAAAGGAAUAUGCUGCUGGCGCCAUGUGUUGAGCCUGGGUGUGGGGGAAGAUAACGACUCAGAAGGAAAAAAAAAAAAAAAAGAGGUUAUGUUCAGCUUCUUCCGAAAAAGUCAAGAUUCAAAGAAGGUUACAGUGCCAGAGAGAGAGGCAGAUGGAUUUGUCAUUGUGGGUGACACAAUUGAUGAUCAAAGUAGAGAGUCAAAGGAUAAAACUUCAUUUCCAGAGGCCAGACCAAUGUACAACCAAUCUCCACAGAUAAAUACAGGGCACCGAUCACCAUUGACUGUAUCAAGUGCAGAGGUGGGAAAUGAAAGGAGCCAAAAUUUGGAAAGCAGCCCUUUCAUGUCAGAUCUUCUGAGUGACGUCCCCUUUGCCCUAGCGCCACAUGUGUUAGCAGUACAGGGCACCCGUAAUGACGUUCCUGACCGAUUGCUCACCUAUGACAUCAAUGAUAAUUUAUCAAGAUUUUGGUAUGACUUUACACUUGAAAAUUCAGUGCUUUGUGAUCCAUGAUGUUUUAUUUAUUUUUUCUGUCUGUGUCAAGGAACAAGUCUUAAGGCGAAGAUAAAGACUUAUUUUAAUCUACUUAAUAUUUUGGGGCCCUGCCACUGGUGUAUCAGAUGCAUUGCAUCAAAGGAUUAUUAUUCACAACUGUGUUAUAUUUUGUAGCUUUACGUGAACUCUGACUUACUCCGUUAAAUAUUCUGUUUAUCUCCAAAGAAAUCAAGCAAAGCUGUUCCAGCCUGAGUAAGAGACGAGCUGUUGGUAUCUACUUCCAGUAGGUAGGCUGCAGACGCAAACAUUUCAUAACUUCAAGAUGAAGUCUACACACGUCUGCACUGUUUUUUCACUCAGAUACUAAACACAUAAAUCCUAUAACACGUGUUUCCUUAAGAUCACCUCUGAUUUUCUGCAGAUAGAAGCCAGUAUUAACACUAAAACAACAGUGCUUUUGCACUACUGGUCAGACAGCUUUUCAGUUAAACCAAGUUUUAAAACUCAGAGUUAAUUAUGAAGACUUAAUAGAGUUGGUUAAACUUACCCAUUUCAAAGUGAAGCUCAGCCGCUCUACUCCCUUUCCAGUAGAUGGUAUUUUUGUCCAUCUCAUUCAUUUUGUGCCUGGAGAAGUCCUGCCUGUUGGCUGCUGUUUGUUCUCAUUACCACAUGUGUUCCUGAUUUAUACACAGAUCAGCUUUUCCAUUUUAACCUCUUUGCCCCCUGAAGAAGGAAAUCUCAGGACACGUACUUUUAAUGGUCACACCCUUCUUUUUUUAAUUUGUGUGCCAGAGAUACAGAUGGCAAUGUUUAACAACAGGAAAACAUUACAUUGUUUCUUUUGCAGCUAAAUUAAAUGGCUAAGUAGCUAAACAUGCAUUCUCACAGAGCGCUGUGUCCCGCGCUCGCAAGGUUUGAGUGUGUUUUUCCCGAGUAAAACCAGAGCUGCUGUUGCAUGAGCAACAGCUCUCUGAUGUAACAUCAUGAUUUGUGAUGAAUAACGACCUGUGUCACACAAAAGACUACACUUGUUUUCUGUCUCGGGGUAGAAUAUUUAUAUUGUGCCAAAUGUUAGUGUAUAUUUUCAUAUGUUUUCUAUGCUCUGUGAUAGCUAAAAAUACAUGUAUUUUCAGAUGUGCGCCCUCUUACAGUAUUUGAGGUAAAUACUGUAAAUGGUGGAUAAAUUGUUUUGUGAAUGCAUCUUACGUUGUUAAAUAUUCAUAUUUUAGAUAUUUUUAAAUGUAUGUAUUUAGUAUUUUUGACAGCUAUGUUCAUAUAUGUUUCGAAGUUACUGUUUCAGAGAAAGUAUCUGUGCUGCAGUCCAAUAAAAAAAAUGCUGAAUAACA